CCGUCUGUGUGCUUACACUUUUUCCUCCUCCGCAUUCGGAUUCGCGCUUGCUCCGCUGACCGAUUUUUUGGCACACUCGCGGUUAAAACCACGCCGAGACAUCCACGCAGAGCAUCCAAAGCAUUUCCGGAGCCCAAAGCGAGUCCUAAAAGACUAUCCAUGGCAGGCCCAGGCUCUGGCUCUGGCCCAGGCUCACGUUCCGGCUCAGGCUCAAGUUCAGGCUCAUAUACAGUUUCAGAUUCAGAGUUAGUUUUCGAUACCGAUUGCGAUUCCGGCGGCGGUGGCGGUGGCGGUGGCGGCAGUUGUGCUUACGAUUGUUGUGCAAUGGCCGAUAAGUCGAUAACCGAAACGGGAGCAUCAACAACCACUGUAAUAAAUACUCGCAGAGGCACCACAACAAUUGCAUUUAUAUUGCUAUUAAUACUCUGCUGUUUAUGUGAUUACAACUAUGGAAGCUGGGCAUCGCAGUGCUGGAGGAAACACAACUCGGGCUCGAUCCAAACGCCAGACGGUGAAUUUAAGCGACCCUUUGGCAUACUCUGCACAUAUCGCUGCUUUCUCUGGUUUCCGCCGAUUUAUCCCUACUGCGAAUUCAUAUUCGAUCUGCGGCUGUCAAGGCACUUCACCUCCUUCCCAGACUGCUACGAGAUUCGCUGCAACGAGACCUUCUCCUUCUUCGGCAAGGAGCCCAACUAUUGAGGACCCUCUGGGUCAUCUGCUGCUCCUUCACCUCCUCCCUUUUCCCUCUUCAUCAGGCUUUUUUUUUUUUUUUUUUUUGCGAAUACUUUCUCUGACUAAGAAUUGUAUGCUUCUU